AUGAGUAUAGCUGCAUAUGCGUAUGAAGCUGACAGAGCUAAACGUUUAUAUUUUGGUCAAUACUCUCUCACACUUACUGACAAAUAUAUUGUUAUCACUGAUGGAAAUACUGAGAAAUACAUAACAUGGAAGGACUAUGAAAAGUUUGACCCUAUUUUAACUCCAUGUACUAUGCCGUUUAUAAAGGACGGUGAAAUUAUUGAAAAAGAUAAUACAACCGUAUAUAGGUCUGUUUAUGAAGCAUUAGAAUAUAUGUUGAAUCAUAACCCAAAAAGAUUUGACCCAAGCACUACACCAUGUGCAAUGCCUUUUAUUAAGGACGGUGAAAUCGUAAGAGUUCCGGAUUCAACGGUUUACACAGCUGUUCAAAACAGUUUACAAAACAUUUUAGCGAAUAUCUUUAAUUCAGAAACUACAGAAAUAAAAUUACCGUAUAUAACAGAUGCUAAAGAAAUUAAAUCAAAAACGACAACAUUAUUUACGUCACUUAAUGAUUUAAUGACUUAUAUCAUUAAUAUUCCUGCACCAACUACAGCAUUUGAUCCAAACUCGACGGUUUGCAGUGUACCUUUCAUAAAUGA